GGGCGCCGGCCCUGCCCCGUCUGCCUCUGGCGCAAGCACAGCAAGGAGCUGCGGCUGGAGAGCAUCAAGUCGCAGAUCCUGAGCAAGCUCCGGCUCAAGGAGGCCCCCAACAUCACCCGCGAGGUGGUCAACCAGCUCCUGCCCAAGGCGCCGCCGCUGCAGCAGCUGCUGGACCUGCACGACUUCCAGGGCGACGCCUUCCCGCACGAGGACUACGUGGAGGAGGACGAGUACCACGCCACCACCGAGACCGUCAUCAGCAUGGCCCAGCGCACCGACCCAGUGGUGCAGAUCGAGGGGAACCCGCACUGCUGCUACUUCAACUUCAGCCCCAAGAUCAUGUUCACGAAGGUGGUGAAGGCGCAGCUGUGGGUGUACCUCCGGCCCGUGCAGCACACCUCCACCGUGUACCUGCAGAUCCUGCGCCUCAAGCCCGUCACAGAGGAGGGCAGCCGCCACAUCCGCAUCCGCUCCCUCAAGAUCGACCUUAACUCCCGCGCCGGCCACUGGCAGAGCAUCGACUUCAAGCACGUGCUGCAGAACUGGUUCAAGCAGCCGCAGAACAACUGGGGCAUCGAGAUCAACGCCUUCGACCCCAGUGGCAAUGACCUGGCCGUCACCUCCCUCGGCCCCGGCGCGGAGGGACUGCACCCCUUCAUGGAGCUGCGCGUGCUGGAGAACAACAAGCGCUCACGGCGCAACCUGGGCCUGGACUGCGAUGAGCACUCGACCGAGUCCCGCUGCUGCCGCUACCCACUCACUGUCGACUUCGAGGCCUUCGGCUGGGACUGGAUCAUCGCCCCCAAGCGCUACAAGGCCAACUACUGCUCGGGGCAGUGCGAGUACAUGUUCAUGCAGAAGUACCCGCACACCCACCUGGUGCAGCAGGCCAACCCCCGCGGUUCGGCCGGCCCCUGCUGCACCCCCACCAAGAUGUCCCCCAUCAACAUGCUCUACUUCAACGACAAGCAGCAGAUCAUCUACGGCAAGAUCCCCGGCAUGGUGGUGGACCGCUGCGGUUGCUCCUAGGCCCGGCGGGCGCGGCUCCGGCCCCUGCGCCGCGCUCCCCCUCCGGGCAUCAGCACCCCAUCUCUUCCCUUUUUACUUUUGUUUUGUUUUGUUUCCAAUGGAAAGAGCCAACGCCGGGGGGAGAGAACGAGCUGUCCCGCCGUGGACCCGUGCCCUACGCGCUGUGCAAUACGUCGAGGCGCCACCGGGACACCCCCACCUCCCCCAGGCACUUUGCUGAGACCUUCUGCUCGCCGGGCCUGAGCUCCCGGGGGUUGCUGCAACCACGAGCAUCCCUGGAGCAGGGCGGCGAGGGCUUCCCACAUGGCUCUUAGGUUAAACACAGAAGCAAACGGGAAGAUGAUGGUGGCAGGGGUGGCUAGGAGCGGGUGGAAUCGCAGGGCUUGGGAGUGGUCUCGGGAGUGGGUUUGUGCUGUGGGAAGGGGACGGGAGGGGUUCACCUGCCUGCCCUUUGAGAGCCAGAGAAUUGCCUCCAGCAGUGCCUGGGCCAGAGGCCCUUGGAGAAGGGGAAACCCUGAUGGGCCAGGGGCUGCUGGGGGUGAGGCGGGAGCAGCCCACGGGCACUGGCGUGGAGGCUGGGGGGCCGUUUCCACUCUGCCCAUCCCCUGCUCCAUCAGGUCCUGUGAUGGAGGGCUCAGGAUGAGUCGACCCCAAACCAAACCGGGGUCCCGGCUGCCCUCUCCCCCGCCCCCCACAUGCUGGCCUUGACCCCAAAGCAGGGCAAGAAGCCAGGGGAACCUGGCUUGCGGGAGGGCUGCAGGCUGCAGGGCAGAGUCUGGCCAGCUCCCCUUCCCCCCCCCCCCCCCGCCCCU